AGUCCUGUCAUGAUGCUGAGCCUGCUGUGUGUGACUCUCUGCCUCCUGGGGGGCUCUGCUGCUAAGCCUGCAGCAUCGGCCACUGAGAAAGAGCUGGUGGGCAUCGUGGGGGGACAAAAUGCUCCCCUGGGAAAGUGGCCCUGGCAGGUCAGCCUGAAGGUGUACAACUACCAUUUGUCAGCCUGGGUGCACAGAUGUGGUGGCUCCCUCAUCGAUUCGAAGUGGGUGCUGACUGCUGCCCACUGCAUUCACCAUAGAAAUGCGGACCCGUCAACCUACCGCAUCCUGGCUGGGGACGUGUACCUGUAUGGGCACCAGAAGCUCUUGAGUGUCAGCCAGAUCAUUGUCCACCCAGACUUCGUUUAUGCUAAUUUGGGUGCAGAUGUAGCACUGCUGCGCCUGGUGGAACCCGCAGAUUGCUCUGACAAUGUCAAGUCUGUCAAGCUGAACUCCUUCAAUCACGAGGUCACCCAGAAGGAGGAGUGCUGGGUGACAGGGUGGGGUGCUGAGGGAUAUUAUGGAGCGCUGCCACCACCCUUCCGCCUGCAGGAGGUGAAGGUACAAUUGGUUGAGAACUCUCUCUGUGAGCAGCUGUACCAGAAUGCUAGUGGGCAUCGCUACAAGAAUAGCAGGAUUAUUCAAAAUGACAUGCUGUGUGCUGGCAGUGAGGGCCGAGACUCAUGCCAGGGUGACUCCGGUGGCCCCCUGGUCUGCAAGGACUCAGGUUCCUGGACCCUGGUGGGAGUGGUGAGCUGGGGCUAUGGAUGUGGCUGGCGUGACAUUCCAGGGGUAUAUGCUCGAGUUCAGUCAUUUGUGCCCUGGAUCAAGCAGCACACUCAGAGUUCCUCCUGAGCCCAGUCUACUGACUUCCCUGGUUACCCAAGGAGGAGCCUGCUGCCCUCCUCCCAGAGCCUGGGUCUGCUGCUUCUGCGCCUGCCUGACCCGAGACUCACCUUCUCCUCUGGUCUCCUCAGAGCCCUGGACUUCCAUGAACACUCACAGGCUGAGGGCCCAUGCCGGCUCUUGCUGUCUAUCCCUGAUGGGAGGUCACAAGGUGUGUGGAGCAGGGGCUUGAGCUCCAUGGCACUGGUGCCCCAGUUUGCCAAGUACCCAGCUGUUGGAGGACA